UGGUACUGUGCACUAGUAGUGCAUAUUUGUGCAUUGACAAGCUUCCCGGUCGUCAGCUCUGUUCCAAGUACGACUGUGGUUUUUCCCCAUUUACCCCGUGUGGCCGUCUUUCAGUCAAGUGGAGACCCGGCCCAUCGAUCACCACCCAGAUGACCACUAAUUGUGUCAAAUGUCUGUUAUAGUGGAAGGGGAGUGGGUGUAAAGACUCUCACCUCACCCUGUUGAAAACAUGUUGAGAACUUGAGAGGAGUUGUGUGAACAACAUCCAGAAGCUAAGUAUGUUGUUUUGAUGGUGAACAACAUCCAGAAGCUAAUGAUUGACCAUGUUUAUUUCAAGAAUGUCCCGCCAACCAGAGAGAGAGCAACUGAAGCAGGCUGUGCGAGAUGUCCUCCGGGAUAACCCACGCGGAAUCAAGAGAGAACAUUUGUGGAACUUCACGGCCAAAAAACUUGGAAGGUCGCCCCGUGCAAGUGACUAUGGGGUUGGGAAAAUGUCACAGAUGUUUCCCUUUGUACAACACCUCUACCUGGAAUUCAAGGAAGGGAAAGAUAUCUUCAUCAAACUGAGACCCGUUGGUGCAGAUGCUGAGGUCAUAUCAAGUGAUGAAGAUGACUUUCCUUCAUUGCUCUCGAGUCGAGUAACUAAAGCAAAACCAAGCAAAUCGACAGCAUCCCUUUCAUCCCGAGACAGCAAGGGCUCAUCAAGGAAGACCCCAAAGCAAAGUGCAUCAUCUGAUUCCUUCCUAUCCCUGGAUGUGUCAGGGUCCAGCUGGUCGUCUGAGGGGCCGUCCAGGCAGGAGAUGCUGGAUGAGCUUAAAGAUCAACUUGUGAAACUGUUGAAAAAGAAAGGCAAGGUACUGAAACUGCAGUUAUGGGGACACUUUCAGCGUGAAUAUCAAGUCACACCAAAAGGAUCAGAUUAUGGUGUCAACAAAAUGGCUGAUGUGAUUCAACAGUUCACAGAUGUCAUUGAAGAGCGACGGAUUGAUGGUGAAAAUUAUUUACUGCUCAGACAAACAAGACCGAAAGUUAAGGACACAAACAUGACAUGGGGUCAGGGUGCUGCAGCCAAGUCAACCCCAGCUGUUGGCAGGACGUCCCAGCAGAGAACAGCCCCAGCUGUUGGCAGGACGUCCCAGCAGAGAACAGCCCCAGCUGUUGGCAGGAUGUCCCAGCAGAGAACAGCCCCAGGCAUUGGCAGGACGUCCCAGCAAACAGUCUUGUCGUCUUCUGAUGAUUCUUCCGACACUGACAGUGAUUGUGUAGUCGAUGAAAGAAAAACAUUUGUACGCUCAAAGGGAAAGUCUGAAACAGAUUCUCAGCAUGAGUUUGACAAGCUUGCACAGGAGAUUCAGUCAGCCAGGAUGCAUAGGAAUUUUGUUGACAGGGUGUUUGGCGGUCCCAGCACGCAGGGUAUGAGGCCACCACAACCUCUCCAACCUCUCAUGCCUGCACCACUCCAACCCCUCAAGCCUCCAGCCCUCAACUUCUUUCAACCUGUAGUUCCAGCUCAGUUCCAGCAGGUGACUCCACCUCAGAUUGUAGGGCCUGUAGUUCCUGCACAGCAUCUCUCACAGAUGGGUCUGCCUGCGGCUGCUGUUUCUGCUGUUGCUGCUGCUGCUGCACACAACAUGUCCAGGCAUCCAGCUCCUCACGCAUCAAGGUCCAGUUCCCGGGGGAGUGAUGACGAUUCCCACGGGCGAAGACAAGGCUCUGAACCUCGAUCUCACAAGCCAGGGGCUUCCUCCAGACUUGAAAGGAGAGAGGUCAAUGUCACUCCAGUUCCUUACAGCCGAGGUCCGCCAUCCAAGGAUCAGAUUGAAGUUGUUGCAAAAGAUUGCAUUGCAAUCCUAGCUGAUGCCAAUGAGCACGUGUCAGUGGAGAGGAUAGAGAAGCUACUCUGUCAGAGGUUCAAUAUCAGGACGAUUCGUGAUCUUGGUUCUGUUCGCUAUGUGGAGCAGAUCAGUGCUGUUAACGAACACAAUCGCCUCCUUUGUAAAGUCAACAUGUAUGUUCAAGCCUUUGUCAAAGCAAGAUCUGUCUGCACAAUGUUUGAACUGUCCGAAUGUCUGAGGGAAUUCACCAAAGACCGGGAUGACUUCGAGUCCCUGAAGCUGGGCCCCCUCCAGCGCCUGCCAGUCGUGUAUGACAUGUUCAAGUUCCCGUGUGACGAGGAGAUCCCGGACAUCACCACCAUGGAUAUGCUGGAGCACCUGCGUGACUACCUGUCCAAGAACAACAAGUGGAUGGAGCGUGUGGAGAUGGAGCCGGUGAUGACCUACCUGAUGGAGGCCUACAACUUCAACACCGCGUACCAGCUCGGCAUCAGGAUCCGCAGCCUGCCCCUCGCUGUGCAGAUGCUGAAGAAAUCACAGCGUGAUGCGGCUGGUACCAGACGGUCUGUCACGGAAUCCUUCAAGGACAACUUCAAGAAGGAGCUGGCGGCAGCGUUCCAGAAGUUCCAGGCUGCCAUUCUCCAGACGGGGGAGGACGGAGAUUCCGAGGUCCGCGGACACUACCUGCGACUGAGACCGGAGAUAGCCAUCAUGGAGAUCUUCCAGAAGUUUCAGCUGCUGCUGUCCAUCGACCAGCCAGAGACCAGGCCUCAGAUGAAACGACAUCGACAAUUAGAGUCUUCGAUAAAUAGCUUUCUGUUGACGAUGCGCGAUGACCAAAUGGCCAGUGCCCUGCUUCAUCUGGCAAUAUGUAUCGGAAACACGACCCUAGAGGAGUCGGCCAUGGAACUGCUGGCACCUCCAUCGCCUCCAAGUCAGGAGAGUGCAUCAAGGGAAGACAACUCUGCCACACGACAGCCACCAUCAAAAGCGACUGUAUUAGACAACUUGAAGAAGUACAUCGAGCGUUGUCUGGCCCACGGCUCACUGAGUCUGGUUCAUCUUGAACGAAUCGAGGAGAAGCUACUGGAGGAGUUUGCGUACCCUGACUUCAAGAUGAUGGGCUUUGGCCGCUUCCUGCACUUUCUGUUGACAGAUCCAACAGCUAAAGCUAUGUUGGACGAGGCUGGAGGGACUGUGUUUGGAUCGUCUGGCAGAGGAACGGAAAAUGAGACUGGAUUUCGACCUCAGAUGACCGAUGUUCUUGAAAUGGUGCAGCAGUGUCGCAGUGCAGGUUUCAGUCAGAAUGACAAGAUCGAGUCGGCGCUGAAAGACCAGUUUCAGCUGACGGAUGUGAAGCAGCUGGGCUAUGGAAACAUCGGUCGCCUCAUCACCGCCGCGGACAAGCCUGGGAAGCACAAGUCUGCGGAGCACCUGGUGUUGUAUGAAGCGGCCAUUGCCGGCCAAACCAGCCACAGAGGUGAGGUGAAGGUCGGUAUUCUUGGUCACCGGACGCGGGAGCACGCCCUGGCGUGUCUACACAACUGCCCCCUGCUGGCGGACCUGGCGCAGUGGAGUCACUGGGACAUGGUGUUCCUGCCCCAGCUCGGCAAACUCAAGGAUUUCCUCCACAAAUACGGCGGCGUCACGUCUCUCACUGUGGAAGGUGGCACAAAGAAGGUGACAACUGAUGUUGUUGCCAUGGAGACACAGCCUGGCAAGUUACUGAAGCUGGUGAGCCAGACAUCACCUGAGAAGUUCCAGGAGGCACUCUCCCACCAGGAUGUCAAAGGCACUUGCGGCCAUCUUGUUUCCAUGGUGAUGAUGAACAAGGGCAUUGAGAACACCCCCACUGCACUGUUGGCCAAUCACAUGAAGACGGCCCUGUUCUCACUUCAUGCCGCAAGUCAGACACCAGGUGGACCCCCCCACGCCGAUGUCUCCGACCCAGCAGUGAUGUUUGUCCUAGAGUGUCUGGUCAAGCUGCCACUCAGACUGUGUGUUGCCCUUGCAAACCAGAUAUUCCUGGAACCUCUGGGUCAGGUUGUUGGCGCCACCAAGUCCAAGAUGCUGCUGUUGUCGGUGUGUCGUGACGACGGCUGCAGUGUGCAGCAGCUGGAGAAGCUGGGGUGUCUGUUGGGGGUUCAGGAGUGGACCGUCACCCUCAUCAACAAGUGUCAGCCACCCCUGGACGCUGUCACUGAGGUGCUCUCUGCAGCUGACAUCAAGGAGCUGAGAGAGCAGGGAGAGGAGCUGAUAGUGGAGAGUGAGUCCGAGGAGGAAUCAGACUCAGAGUCUGAGGCGGACACGGACGAUCUGGACUCCAUCUUAUCUGAUGACAACCAGGAGGUACAGCCAGCUGCCAAGAAGGAGCCGGUUGGGACAGAGGAGGGGAUCACGGCGGAGACAGAGGAGGGGGUCACGGCGGAGACAGAGGAGGGGGUCACGGUGGAGACAGAGAAGGGGGUCACGGUCAGGAAGGACCAGGAGGCAAAGCCAGGGGAGGAGGCGGACAUGACGGAAGGCGGUGGGGAAGACAGGAAAAAAGGAAGCUCAGAUUCAUGGGAGGAGGAAGAAAAGGAUAAGCUGGAGGAAGGGCAGAGAGCAGGAGAUGACAAUGACCCAAAGUUGAACAAAUACCAGCUUAUCAUUGAGCAGAUUCGGCGGGAGGAGUUCGGGAUUGGGGUUGAGUUGAACGAGGAUGGACAGCGGCUGAUGAAGGUGCAGCAGGAGCGGCUUGGGCGGAGUCUGGACCGACUGUCUCGCGAUCUGUACAGCAAGGACACCCACUUCGUGCUGGAGCUGGUGCAGAAUGCAGACGACAACGCCUACCCAGACAACAUCCUGAAUAAUGAGAACGAUCAGUGUCCGUCGGUGAAGUUCCGGAUCGACUCCGAUGGGGUGAUGGUCCAGAACAAUGAGAAUGGUUUCCGGGAGAAGGAUAUCCGAGCUCUCUGUGAUGUGGGCAGGAGCACCAAAGGCAAACACAAGUUCGGGUACAUCGGACAGAAAGGAAUUGGUUUCAAGUCGGUGUUCCGGGUAACAGACUGCCCUGAAGUUCACUCUAAUGGCUUCCACAUGAAGUUUGAUGUGAAGAGCGGACCGACAGGCUACAUUCUGCCGCACUGGGUGGAGGACGGGGAGGAACAGGCUCCGGAUGAAGGCUGGACGACACGCAUCUAUCUGCCCUUGAAGGAGAUGAUGAGUCUGCAGACGAGGUCCCUGGCUGCCAGGUUUAAUGACGUCCAUCCCUCCUUGCUGCUGUUCCUGCAUCGCCUGCGGCAGAUCACCGUGGAGAACUUGAUUGAAUGUAAUGUGGUGACAAUGCGACGCCGGGAUCUUGGGGAAGGCAUCAUUGAGAUCGACCAUGGCACCAAGGUGGACAGGUGGCUGGUCAUCAGGAAGCUGCUGGACGCGUCGGCGAUCUCCAUACAGGCCAAGUCGGGAGUAGACGUGGAGUCCACAGAAAUUGCCCUGGCGUUCCCACUCCGCAACAAGGACCAGAAGUUGAAGGUGCAUGUCCUCCCCAACAAGCAGCCCGUCUUUGCCUUCCUGCCCCUUCGGAGCUAUGGCUUCCGCUUCAUCAUACAAGGUGACUUUGAUGUGCCCUCUAGUCGGGAGGACGUUGAUCGAGACAGUCCAUGGAACCAGUGGUUAAGGAACGAAAUCCACACUCUCUUCAUCGAGGCACUGGACAUCUUCAAGUCUCACCCGGACUUCAGCAACAUGGAAGCGCUUGCUGCCUACCUCCAGUUUGUGCCGAUGGAGGAUGAAAUACUCGACUUCUUCCGUCCAGUCGCCACCCAGAUCCUGGGAAAACUCCGGGCUAAAGAGUGCCUGCCUGUCCAGACCAACAAGAAAGGAUCUGUACAGCUGAAGAUUCCCUCCCAGACAGUGAUUGUGCGUGAUCCCCUCGUAAAGGAAGUUAUCUCGCCUGAACUGCUGCAGAAGAAUCUCAACCUCUACUAUCUGCAUACUGAUGUGGCCUUGACAUUGACCCCUGCCCUGGCCCAGAGCCUCGGUGUGGAGAGCAUCACUGUCGACCAUCUGUUGCAGAUCGGCAAGUCUCUGGCGCUGUCGUGGGAUUCUCCAACUAUUGACUCUACAGAGAAGGUGGUGACUGUCGCCAAGUGGCUGGCCUGCUUGUAUCGCAGUCUGGAUGAGUUCCAGGAGAAUGAGCAGGUGUUCGACAGACUCAAGACAACCCGCAUCAUCCCCCUCUCCACUGGUCAGCUUGUGUGUCUGGCCGAGAUGACCGUUUUCUUGCCGCCCGUUGACUCCACACAAACUUCCCAAACUCUGCAGUUUGGCAGGAGAGAUCCCAUAUCGGAGCUGCACCGCGACCUCUGCAUGGUGCACUCUGGACUCAUGACGACCUCUGACAGCGAGGUCAACUCUCAGGUCCAGAAACUUCUCCAGCGUGUGGGAGUGAAGCAGUUGUCUCCCCUUGACAUCAUUCAUCAUCAUAUCUUGCCAACACUCAAGUCUGAAGUAUGGCAGACCAAGUCCCGGGACAUUCUCAUCAGCUACUUACUGUUCAUCAAGUCCCAGAGUGAGCAGCAGCCAUCGUUGAUCAACAUGGCGGAACUCAAGUCUGUGGCUCGUGUCGUCACCAACAGUGGACUGAGGAGGCCAGCAGACGAGGCUGUGCACUUCACCCCGGCUUACGGGAACAAGAUUGAUCUGCAGCGACAGUUGCCAGGCUAUGACUGGGUCCUGCUGGAUGCGGUGUACCUGAACCAGGCUGUGAGUCCACUCGAUGUCCACCGAUGGCAUGACUUCUUCCUGCAGCUUGGAGUCACCGACUUCCUCAACAUCACAGCCACAGAUGUGCAGCUCACACGAGAGUCUAUGAUGGACACACCUUGGGCUCCUCUCCAAGACAUGUGGCCUGACUCCAGCACUGGCUACAACAUCGCCGACUUCUCAUGUAAAGAAUUCACUGACUUGGUCACCAAAAACAAGUACCCUGAUCGUCACAAGGAACAGAUGAAGACAUUGUUUGAAGUCCUUGACCGAGACUGGGAUGCCAAGUACUCCAAGUACCAGAAUGUACAAGUGAAAGAUGGCAACGGGCAAGUUCUGCGAGAGGCGGAGUCUUCGUUCUGCAUAAACUUGACGAGUCUGAAGUGGAUCCCCGGAUUGCAGCUGUCGUUGGAGGAGAUCCCGGGGAUGGGGCUACGGAUGCAGGAGCAGGUGGUGACGAUGCAGCCGUCCCUGCUCUAUGUGCAGGCUCCCAAGCUGCAGCAGGUCCUGGGCCACACCGUGUACUACCUCGCCGUCACGUCCAGCCCCCAGAGCUCCUUCACCAAGUAUCUGCGCAUCAAGACCACCAUGGAGACCUCCACGGUCAAGGACAUGCUGAUAGAGUGGGGCAAGCGAGACGAAGGUUCCGACAGUCCACGGAGAUUUCGGUCGUGUCUGGCCCACCUGAAAGCUGUUUACCGCUAUCUUGGUGACAACCUGGGUGGCAAGGAUCAUCAGGACCUCUAUCACAACAACCCUGUCAUCUUUGUGCCCCAGGUCAGGGAUAAGGAUGGCAAUGAUCAGAACUUCAUCGAGGGAGUGAUGCUGGCCCGUGAUGAAGUCUGGUGGACGGAUCGGUCAGGCCUUUUCGACAAAUACCAUGACCUAUUGGUGGACUAUCACUCAGAUCUGGCCAAGAGGUACUUUAUUUGCCAUCUAUAUCAAGAUUUGGCAGAUCUAUUUACGAGAGGUGCAAGAAUUGAAAUGGGGCCAUGUCUGAAGGACUUUGCAGACCUUCUCCUGCUGAUGGCAACAGUGAAUUCACCAAGUAACAAGAUUGUCUUCUCCGAUGCUCUGACUAUAUUUGCUAUGAUAGGACGAAAAGCAUCGCAAGUUAAGCAGGAGCAAGCCUCAAUGGGAGAACUACCUUUGCUGAAACAACAGGUUGAAUCCGCAAUGAAGAAGCUGAAGAAACAGAAGAUCUUUCCAACGAAGAAGGACAUUUGGGUGAGUGUGGACGACAACCCCAUGAUAGCUGACAAUCCUGAACUGGAGAAGAUGUUUGCGGAGGAGAAGAAUGUCCAUUUUCUGCAGCUGGAUGAACAACGGAAUCCUGGCAGUAAGAGGAAGAUGAAGCGUGGCAGGGAUCAGCCAAAACAUGACCCCGAAGAAAUCACAUCGUUUGUGGGACUGUUUAAGAUAGCGACACUGAGUUCGUGUGUGCACACAGAAGAGAUCACAGAGAUGAUGGCACAGUGUCCACGCCUGCAGCGGCACUGCCACCUCACGGUGCCCCACAUACAGGCCUACCUCUACAACUACGACGACAUCUACAGGGAGUUGGUGGACCAGAGGGACAUCGUCACCAACCUCAAGAUCAUCAGCUUCAACCAGGUGAGCAAGUUGCAGGUCAUCUACACACUGACCAACAACCCCGAGCCACGUGUGAUCCGCCCGGAGAAAUGUAUCAGGACCGGAAACCAGUUCUACUUCCAGACCAGUCUGGUCGACUCACACACAGACGUCAAUCGUGAGAUCGCCCAAUACUUCGCCUGUGGAGAUGAAGAGUGUCUCAAGUUUUUGAGGGAUUUUCUCCGAGAUCUGGUGCAAGUCCUGGACGACCCUGAAGGCAUCAAGGACGUGCUUGACCGACAUGAAGUCGAGCCUCUGCCAGAAGAUGAGGUGGUGUGGGAGGUGCCGCCACCUAUCAUUCCUGAGCCAGUCCGACCACCCAGCAGACAGGUGUCCACCAAUGAUCCGCGUGAAGCCAGUGAAGAUGGAGGGGCUAUCCGGUCAUGGCCUCCACAAGCCUCCGCCACAGGCUUCGAUCCUGACACCAGCAACACUCAAAAGAAAAAAGCUACUGAGCGACUCAGCGAUGGCAAAAUGUGGCCGCCCCCCAAACCUCCAGAAUAUCAUCAACAGGUCCGUGACCUUCCUUCCAACAUCAAGGUCAUUCGUCAGUCUGAGGUCAAACAGUCAGAGACAUCCAGCGUUGGAGGUGAAGACGUGGAGACCACUAACCUCAAGACAGGGGAGACAAUCAUAAUCAAACGUGAACAAGGGGAGGGAACUGGUGUUAGACGAGAAGUCCGAGAAGGGCAGCCAGCUGGAGAGGGUGUUAAAAGAGAGAUCAGUCGCGAGGAAGGAGGUAUUCACGUAGUUACUUCAUCAGGGUCAGUGAAACGCAAACUGUCGGACCAUGAGAUCUCGAUGGAGGCCAAGAGACCAUCUCCAGUCGGGGCUACAAGUCCCCACAACACCAGCCUCAGCGAGGCCGCUACAGACUCACAAGGCAGACCCUCCGAGUCCCCCAGUGCAGACCAAGGGCACACAACCCCAGGCAGCAAACGUCGACAUCAGCACAGCGAGAGUGAGGUGGCUUCAAGUCCAAAGAAACCGGUUUUCUUUAAACCCGGUGACCCGAUGUGGAGCGAGUCCGCCAGUGAGUUGGUGUACGAAGAGCUGGUGCCGGGCGAUGACCUCGAGAUGCCGGACGCCCUCGUCAUGGAGGAGGACCGGCCGGACAUGUCUGCCAUCGGCCGUUGGGGGGAGACUCUGGUCAGACACUACCUUCUCCAACAGAUGGCGCUGAACAAGGACAUUGUGGAUGUCCACUGGGUGAAUGAAACAGAAGAAUCAGGAUUGCCGUAUGACUUUGAGCUAACUUGCCUGGAUGAAGAUACUUCUGAAUCGCGAACAGUGUACAUUGAGGUGAAGAGCACGCUGAAGGAUGAGAAGAAACACUUCGACAUUUCUUCCCGGGAGGUCAACUUCGCACAUGCUCAGAAAGAGCUGUAUCAGAUUUACCGGGUGUUUAAUGCUGGCGAUUCACAGAAUGUGAAGCUUCUACGUAUCGACAAUAUUGCCCUCAAGAUGGACCAAGGCAAACUAAAACUCUUCAUGUACAUCUAAUCUGUAUUUGUUCAUAUCUAAACUGUGAUGUAAUUGUUCAUGUACAUCUAAACUGUGAUGUAAUUGUUCAUGUACAUCUAAACUGUGAUGUAAUUGUUCAUGUACAUCUAAACUGUGAUGUAAUUGUUCAUGUACAUCUAAACUGUGAUGAAUAGUUCGUGUCCAUGUCGAGCUGACAGCCUGUAUUUAUUGCAUGAUGUUGGCCAUGAUCAUGAUAAGAAGUGUGUUUCACAGACAUUUAUUCACGGAGACCAUGUGGUCAUUGUAACUGAUAUCACACGACAAGGCUCCCUAUGUCCAACACCCUGGGUUGUAUCAUGUCUCGCUGCUUGUAGGACAUACUUAUAGGUGCUCGUGGAUCAUAGCCAAUCAAUGUGAACUCAGCCUGAAAGGUGAUUGUUGUAUGUUGUCUGUCUCUACUCCAACAGAAACCACAUAGUGGCCGGUCUGUCUGUCUGUCUGUCCCACGUGUCCUGCUCGUUUCCUGGAUGAUGCAUGCUGGUAGGACCUUUUAGAUUUGUAAACUAAAUUUUGUACAGACAACAGGUAUCUGGUCAUAUGUCACGGUGGACAUGUACCACAGGAUCAUAAAAAAGUUUACAGUCAACCUCUAGACGAUCUAUUUGUAUCUCAUUUACUUCGGAGACAGUCGCGGGGGCACGGGUGCCCCAGUUGUCCCAGGCACCGCGAUUCAUUGUGCAGAGUUGCAUCCCUUGGGCACGCCAGAAACCUAUGAUUGUGGGUUCCAAUCCCGGUUCGCCCCGAUUAUGUUUCUUGGUUUGUCAGGACCAUUACCGUGCUCGUGGGUUUCACUGAAGUGGUAAACGUCUGAGACCUGCAUCACUUCGGGCUUUCCUCCCACAUUAAGUUGACACCCCGUGAUAUAACUGGAAUACUGUUAAAAGCGGCGUUAAACCCAACUCACUCGCUCACUCACUCUGAGACAGGUGCUAACAUGAGUUCUGAUCUCAGAAGGCAUAAGAUCACACUCAACAAAGCAUCACUCCGUGUCAUCUAUUGUGCAAGGUGUUAUGUUUUGGGAGAUAUUUUGAUUGUUUCUUUUCUUUUUAACUCAUGGUUAGGGUUAGGGUUGGGUCAGGGUUAGGGUUCUUUUAAAGUCAACAUGUACCUGCCUCUGUUUCUGGUGCCAGGGACCAUGAUGACACCUCCGUGCACCCAGUAGUUGGGACACAGGUACACAAAUCAUCUGUUUUACUUUGCAGGGUAACCCCCAACUUUUUAUAGCCAUAAGGGUUUUAUUGAUGUUUUACUAACCAUGUACAGAUACAAUUAACUUAUGGUAGCCAAUCCCUGGUCUGGGUGGGAGUUGAGAGCUAAAGAUCUUUGCCCUCCACUGUUCAAACUUACCUCCGAGUAUUUCCGUAUUUUGUGUGUGUUGUAAAGUAAUGUAAUUUGUCAAUCCAUUUAAGUCAAACUUUUUUCAUGAAUAUUACUGAAUACUAACAUGACUAAAUAUCUGCCUUUUUUUCGAAGGUGAACAACUUUUUUUUGUUGGAGAUACAUGUAUCAUUUAUAAGACUAACAAGAAUUAUGUUUCAAAGAAUACAAUUAUUUUGUGAUCAUACAACUCAGAUGUUUCCCUCAUAUUUAAGGUCUCUUUUUGAUGUGUAUACUUUUUCAAGGAAAAGCAAGAAUAAAGUAUUUGAAAUAUCA